UUUUUUUUUUUUUUUUUUUUUUUUUGUCUCUGAUUGUACAAAAAUUUGGAUUCGCGAAUGUAUUUUUCACAUACAAACAAAAUUGCAAAAAAAAAUAAAAACGGUUCUUUUUUUUUAUUGUUCAUAGAAUAGAGCCCUUUUUUCUUCUUCUUCAUAUUUCUUUUUUUUUCAUUUUUUGAUUUAGCUUUUUCCAACCAAUCAAAACAGCCAGAGCUAGAUUCACUGUAGUAAAAGCCCAAAAAGCAUCUGUAUUUCCCGCUCAAUUCAAAAAAUAUAUCCAAAGAAUCACAACAAUGACUAUCGUGACAUUUUCAAAUACAACGCUGCGUUUGCACAAGUCAGUUCAUGCCAGUACAGCUACUACAACUGCUUCUCCUUCUGCGAGCACCCGUACGAGGAGUCAUGCCUCUUCAACUGCAUCAUCACCUAUUUGCCACGCCCGUGGAAAGAAUUAUUGCCUUGUUCACAGGAGAUACUUUGAGACAAGCUGGUGCCCUGAUUGUAGUCGUGUGUCCUAAACCGUUUCCCCUUUUAUGAAAACAACGGAAUCAGUAGCAUUUUUUCGCUCCGUUCUUACCCUAUAACUACUUGGUUGUAACAUAUGACGAACUUUGAUUUUUAUACCAUUUCCUUAAAAAUAUUCAUUAUGCUUUUUUUUUUUUUUAUUAUUUAUCUUUUU